AUGGGAGGUUUCCAGCUCCGUCGCCUGCAGCUGGCAGCCCUCGCAUGUGCGUUGGAGACGCGCGCCGGAUCAAACACCGGGGAUGCUGGGCUGCAAACUUCCAGGGAAAGCGACUUGGUCCUUCAGCAGAACCAUACUCACAAUUCGCAGGGGAGGUCACCGAGCGGAGGCGCCUUUGAUCGGAGCGAGACGAGCCCCGCCGGGCACCGGCACCGCGGCACCCCCGGUACCGGCACCCCCGGGCACCGACAUCUCGGUACCCCCGGCACCGCCACCGCCGGGCACCAGCACCGCGACACCCCCGGGCACCGGCGUCUCGGCACCCCCGACACCGGCAUCCCCGGGCAUCGGCACCGCGGCACUCCCGGCACCGGCAUCCCCGGGAACCGACACCCCCCGGGCACCGGCCUCCGCCCCGAGGAACCCGACACCGCGAACGAGACCGCGGCACCGCCGGACACCGCCGGGCACCGGGAUCGAACCCCGGGCGCCGAUCGCCGGGCUGCGAUGCUUCCCGGCGCGGGUCCCCUCGCCUUCCUCCUCCGGUGUCUGCUGCUCCUCUUCGCCUCUGAGAGCCGAGCCCGGGCUCGGCCCGAUAUGUUCUGCGACUUCAAUGGCAAGAAGUACAGCCCUGGCGAGAGCUGGCACCCCUAUCUGGAGCCACAGGGGCUGAUGUACUGCAUCCGCUGCAGCUGCUCUGAGAACACCAACAUCAGGUGCUACCGGAUCCAGUGCCCGGCUGUGCAGUGUGCCAGUCCUGUCACGGACCCCCAGCAGUGCUGCCCACGGUGUCUCGGUAGGUAGACAUCCCAUGGGGAGGAGGUGACAAGGUUGCCAUUUGCUUUCUCAUCUUCUUCUCCAGAGCCACAUUCGCCUUCUGGCCUCCGGGCACCCAUCAAGUCUUGCCAGUACAACGGGACGACCUACCAGCAAGGCGAGAUGUUCACCACCAACGAGCUCUUUCCCAGCCGCCAGCCGAACCAGUGUGUGCAGUGCAGCUGCUCCGAAGGCCAGAUUUACUGCGGCUUGGUGACAUGCCCAGAGCUGUUGUGCUCCUCUCCCCUAACUGUGCCGGAUUCCUGCUGCCAGGUCUGCAAAGAUGGCUCAUAUGAGAAGUCCACAGAGGAGGAGCCCCUGCAGUUAAACAGAGGUGUUAGGCAUUCGCAAGACCAGUGUUUGGGGGAAGCAAUGGGCAGGAAGCCACCUGGAGCCACCAUGUCCACUGUUCUCAGUUCUUCCUUGGAGUUUAUUCCCAGGAGCUUCAAACCCAAGGGAGGAGGUGGCACCACCGUGAAGAUUGUCUUGAAGGAGAAGCACAAGAAAGCUUGUGUUUACAAUGGGAAGACCUACUCCCAUGGGGAAGUGUGGCACCCCGUCUUCCGGCUCUACGGCCUCCUGCCCUGCAUCCUCUGCACUUGCAGGGAUGGUGUCCAGGACUGCCAGAAGAUCACGUGCCCCAAGGAGUAUCCAUGUGACUAUCCAGAGAAAGUAGAUGGAAAAUGCUGUAAAAUAUGUCCAGAAACCAGAGUCAAACCCACUGAUGAAGUAGUGACCACGCGAUGUGGCAAGAACCCCAACCGUGUCCUGGUGUACAUGUUUGUGCCGCCGAGCUCGGAGACCUCCAAGGAGAUCCUCAGGACGAUCGCGAUCGAGAAGGAGCCCGCGGAAGAGGUGGAAAUCUACAACUGGAAGCUGAUUAAAGGAAUAUUUCAUCUGAUACAGACCAAGAAGAUCAGCAAACAAGAAUUCAAGCAAGAAGCACAGAACUUCAGGCUGAUCACCAGGACGAACGAAGGUCACUGGAACAUCUUCCGAGCCCGGACGUCAGAGCUGAGGAUGACAGAGAGCCCAGAGAAAGAAACAAAGAACUUGUAAAGAAAAACACUUUAAUCUAGCUAUUGAUUUAUCUACACACACACACACACACACACAUACACAUAUAUAUGAAAAGAAAAAAAAAAAAGUUGCAUUAUUAAAUAGACUGGCACAGCAAUAAAGGGUAACACUAGUGUAAAUUACAGAAACUCCAGCAAACGAACCAAAUGGAACCGCAUUGCAGCCACAGCCGUGGAGGUGCCUCUCUCCAGCCGGGGAGUGGAAGAGGCCGGCCGUCGUCUCCUGCCACCGGAGAUGUCGAGUGUGCAGAGGGAGGAAGGCGAGACGGCGGAGAUGCGAGACCUGGUGCGAUGUGAAGACUGGGGAUACGUUCCUGACACCCCGGGAUUUCUGAAGAGCAUCAGGAGCUAGCAGUAAAGCAGAACGUGACCAUGCUUUUUACCAACCGCCGGCAUAAGGAUGACCUGCGAGGAGAGAAAAAUCAUCCUGAUUUCUUUUCUUGAGAGCCCCAGUGAUCUGCAAAAGGGUUUCUUUGGCUGAAUAUCCUCCAAAGGGCAUUUCUUGAAAAAUCUUGGGCUUUUUCUCCUCUGUUUCAGCUGGGAGGAUUCUUUUCCCUUCUUUGCAGGUCACUUGAAGAUGUAGUUUUUGGGAGGACCCACCUGCUGACAGGGUCUGAGACCCCGAACACUGCACUAAGGUCGCUACUAAGCAUGUUAUUA